AAUCUUUAUAUUAAAUUUAUUUUUCACUGUAUCCAGAAAAUGUAAUUACUCGACUGGAUUGUGCCCUAAGCUAUGUAAAGCAGCGUCUUUAUUCCGUGAAAAAUUGGGGAUCAUAUUCAAACCUCCUGGAAUCCGCGGCAAAGCGAGCAUUCUCGUUGCACACAGAGGUCAAGGAGAGAAAAGCGGUGAAAAAUCAACAAUAUGAGUCGCGAAGACGAAGAAGAAGAAGAAAUAGAAGGAGAAGAUGAGAGAAGAGAAGCGGCAAUAGCAUCGACACCAUCUUUGCAACCCGGUUUCAAGCCCACCCGUGUUUCCCAAGAUCAGGUCUUCAAGCUCCAAGAGCUACACAAGAGGCGCUUGAAGAUAAAAUCAAAGCUUCAAAAGAAAUCAGAAGAUGGCCGUGGCACUAGCAGAUCUUAUGGUAAAUACUUCAAACAUGGCGAUGAUGAAGAUACAUGUGGAAUAAUUGAAGACUCAAGCGUCUCCAACUUCACAAAACAGCACAACAGUGUUAAUUGCUCAGCACAGCAAGACAAUUCAGCAAUACAUCAAGCACCGAAAAAGCGCCAGAAAUUGUAUUGGGGGCUUGACACAAAGGAAAGGUGGGAAAGGAAAGCCAACAUGUAAUAUUACCAUGCAAAUGAAAAUCCUGCUUUUUCUACUUCCAAAGUUUGCUCGUAUUAAACAAUAGGCAAAAAAUUGUUGAGGCUGAUUUGUGUUGAAUUUGCCUCGCAUGAUAACAUGAGCUUGCAACAACUUUCAACCAAGCAAUGAGGAAUAUCUGCUAUUCUAUCAACAUCUCGGGACAAACCAUGAUACUAUUUCAGCGUUGGUAGGUGAUAAAACGGUGAUACACCUUUAUCAGAAGACGGAAAAAAGAUUGAUUUAGAUGUAAUGCUACCAGUAGAGCAACACGUUGUCAAAGUCAAUUUGUAAUAUAUUUUGCAAUAUAUGCAACUGCUUGGUGUUAUUCAUCCUCAGAAACAAUAAUUUUGAAAUUUUAAUUAAUGGAAUUAUGUUGGCAGCA